GUCUCACCGGCAACAUCGCUCUGAGAAAACCCCUCUUUAGGGUUUAUACAUUCAAUGGAGAAACAGAGUCCUCAACCAAUUUGCGGCCAAGAGGCUCUCCAACUUCUCAAUUGCGUCGCGGAUUCUCCUUUCGAUCAAGAGAAAUGCCUCCGAUUCUUGCAAUCUCUCAGAGAAUGCGUUCUCUCAAAGAAAGUAAAGAAAUUCUCGAUACCGAGUCAAGACCAAGACUCCCAGGGAGCAGCUUCAGCUACUAAGAGACCUUCAUAACGUUCGUUGUUUCCGGUUUAAAUGUAUCGUUUGAGUUGUAAUAACUUAUUGAUUUAAUGUAAUGCCUCGGAUUCAUAAGUUGGGUCAUGUUACGUUUUCCCCUUUGUUGUCUUGUAUGUUGAAUAUUGCAGGCACUAAAGAGCAUAUUUAUAAGAGAAGAAAUAAAUGUUUCUACAUUUG